UUACAGAUAAUCACUACUCAUAUUUUAAAAAUUUCAGCUACUAAUAAACUAUUUGGUCAUUAGUAAUUUGAAAGAAUGAGGGCCUUUGGUGAAAAAAAGACAUCCAACGCAAAAUCCUCCCUUUCAAACCCCUUAAUUUGUUUCUUAACGGGUUCGGAUCUCUUUCUUCUCAAAUGCUGAUAGCUUCUCGCUGCUUACGCAUCAGAAAACCACAGGUACUCUCACCUCCUCUCUCUCACCCCUUCUCCUCCUCCUCCUUCCAUCCUUUGAUCCAUACAAGCACCCUUAGAAUCUCCACCGUCCAAAGAGACAUCAGCGCUGAUCCCAAGACAGCCUUCACCAACCAAACCAUCACCCGGCUCGCCAACAAUGGCAGAAUCCCUGACGCCCGUCACCUGUUCGACCAAAUGCCUCACAGAGAUGUCAUCACUUGGACCGCCCUCAUCUCCGCCUACAUCCGCUGCGGCAUGCUCCGUGAGGCUCGUGCUCUCUUCGACCGCCCUGAUGCCCAGAAGAACGUCGUCACUUGGACCGCUCUCCUCUCCGGCUACGUCCGCUCCAAGAGAAUCCUUGAAGCUGAGGAUAUCUUUAAGCGAAUGCCCGAGAAGAAUGUUGUUUCUUGGAACACUAUGAUGUCUGGAUAUGCUGAGAAUGGGCUUGUUGAUAAGGCGUGUGAGGUGUUUGAUAAUAUGCCUGAGAGAAAUGUGGUGUCUUGGAACACUAUAGUGACGGCAUUGUGUCAGUGCGGGAGGGUGGAAGAAGCUUGGGCGAUGUUCAGGAGGAUGGUACAUAGAGAUGUUAUUUCAUGGACAGCGAUGGUUGCUGGAUUUGCGCAGAAUGGGAGGGUUGAUGAUGCACAAAAGCUGUUUGAUGAAAUGCCGGAGAGAAAUGUUGUGUCUUGGAAUGCAAUGAUUUCUGGUUACACACAGAAUUCACAGCUUGACAAAGCUCUUGAGCUUUUUGAUAAAAUGCCGGAGAGGGAUAUUCCAUCGUGGAACACAAUGAUCACCGGUUUGAUACAGAACGGUGAAUUGGUAAAGGCGAGGCGUUUGUUUGAUCGAAUGAAUGAGCGGAAUGUGAUCACAUGGACGACGUUGAUCACAGGGUAUGAGCAAGAUGGGCAGAAUGAGACGGCGGUUAAUGUGUUCUUGGAAAUGCAACGAGACUGUGUUCGGCCUAACCAAGGGACGUUUGUCAGUGUUUUAGCUGCCAUAAGUAAUUUGGCGGCGCUUGCCAUCGGCCAACAAGUUCAUCAGAUCAUAAACAAGACUAGUUUUCAGUUCAGUUCUUUCGUAGAAUCAGCUCUGAUCAGUAUGUACUCGAAAUGCGGUGAAUUAUUCACAGCGAGAGAGUUGUUUGAUUUGUCAAGUCAUAAGGAUUUGGUGUCUUGGAACACAAUGAUCGCCGCAUAUGCGCAUCAUGGACAUGGUAUGGACGCGGUAAAAUUGUUCGAUGAAAUGAAGAUGACUUCAUUUAAACCAGAUGAUGUCACUUACGUCGCUUUGCUCUCAGCAUGUAGCCAUUCAGGUUUGGUUGAUGAGGGGCUUAGAAUUUUCAAAUCUCUUGUAAGUGACGAGUCAAUUAAUGUACGAGAAGAUCACUAUGCUUGUUUGGUAGACCUUUGCAGUAGAGCGGGAAGGCUUGAAGAAGCUACAAGGUUUAUCAAAGGCCUUAAGAAUAAACAAUCAUCGGCAUGUGUAUGGGGAGCUCUUCUAGGUGGUUGUAAUGUACAUGGUAAUGAAAACAUCGGUGAAUUAGCUGCGAAAAAAUUGUUGGAGAUAGAACCAAACAAUGCCGGAACAUAUCUGUUGCUGUCAAAUAUUUAUGCAUCUGCGGGGAAAUGGAAAGAAGCUGCCAAUGUUAGGCUCAGAAUGAAAGAUAGAGGAUUGAAAAAACAACCUGGUUGCAGUUGGAUCGAAAUUGGCAAUCGUGUUCAUGUGUUUACAGUGCGUGAUAAAUCGCAUAAUCGAUCUGAGUUAAUAUAUAGUUUGGUGCAAGAUCUUCAUCACAAGAUGAGUGUUUCUGAUGAUUAUGCAUUGGAUUUUGAUGAUUUAGUGGUUGUUAAUCAUCAAGUAGAAUGAGAAAAAAUUUCAGGAAUAAUUAAUGAUACAGAUUUAAAUGCAUCAAGGUUGUAUAAUGAU